GCCCGCCCCGGCACGAUGUCCUCCGGCUCCGGCUCCGACGCCGGCGCCUCCGACCGCGACGCCGCGCUCGACCGCCUCUCGGGACCGGAGCUCGUGGCGCACCUCCGGACCACCUGCCGCAGGGCCGACUACGACGCGGCCGCGCGGGUGCUCGCCGCGCGCGACCGCAGGCUCGCCGACGCGGAGGCCAGGCUCGCCGAGGUCAGGCCGGGCCUCGCGGACGCGCUCGUGGAGCUCCAGGUCCUGCGGGAGGACUACCUCGCGCUCAGGGCGGCGCGCGGCGGGCCGACCGGGCGCCCCUCCGCCUCCAGCGGCGCGAUCGCGGGCCCGGCGCCGCGGGGCGACGGGCGCACCGAGGAGGUCAUCGAUCUCUGCGACAGCAGCGGCGGCGACGACGACGGGGACUGGGAGGAGGGGGAGUUCCGCCCGGACAUCGCGGGGGUUUCUCGCAAGGCGAAGGGGCGCCGCGCGGGGGGUUCUGCCAAGAGGAACGCGCCCGUGAACAUGGGCUCGUCCGACGACGAUAGAAUCCCGCUAAGCCAGCUUAUCAAGAAGCGGCGGAGAGCUGAGCCUGUGCCUAAUGGUGAUCCCAAGAAGGGACUGGAAGAUGUGAAGGCCAAUUCCGUCGGACCUUUGGGGGAUCAUCCGCCGGAAAGAUCUCCCUUAAACAGGGGAGACCCCGAAGCAAGUGCAGGGCAGAGAGCUGGUGCCUCUCCCCAGCUGAAAGUGGCAAACUUGGUGAGGAAGGAGGGCGUGAUUUGCCAAUCGAGGGAGGGCGGAGGACUCUCCAGGGCAAUGCCGGCUCCCCCGCCCACCGAUUUCGCUGCCAUGAACAGUCCCCGGGAAAUUUCCUCCAAGGAUGAUGUUCCUGAAGACGGAGGGAGGAUUGGUUCUGCUGCUGGUCCGCCAUUUCAGGUGAGAACUCCAACCCAUACGGAUACGGCGAGGAGAAUUGUGGAAUCAGCGCGAGCCGGUGCUGAUACGCCCAACGUACGCACUGGUUCUGCGUCAGGUGCAACUAUCAACUUGGUUCAGGAUACUAUCAGAGAGCAGGGGAGAACAAAUGGUGGAAUGCACAAGAUGAAGGCGCCACUGGAAACUAAUGGAAUUGCAGGGAAAACUUGUGUGGUUCCAGGAGCUAUUAGAGAGCAACAGAAAUCACAAGGCCAAGUGCUCAAGAUAGAUGUGUUGCCAGAAAGUAAUGGCAUUGGGAAGCAAAGUGGUAAGCUCACGACCUGUCAGAAUAACGAGGUCAGUGAUAGAGGUAGACUCAGGACCUCAGAUAAGGCAGUAUCAGCCUCCUUGCAGCUGAACAACCAGCUCACGCUGUAUUCAGAGCAAAUGCCAGCAGAGAGUUCAUUGCCCACCUCCUUGCAGCCGAACAACCAGAUCACGCUGCAUUCAGAGCAAAAGCCAGUAGAGAGUUCAUUGCCUUCAGCAGUUACAAGGCACUGGAAAUCUGCUUCAGAUGUGUAUACCUCAUGCUUAGAAAAUAAUGAAAUCUGUAUGCAAGCUGCCUGUGCUCUUCUCCGACAAAAGAAGUUAACAAUUCAAGGAGGAAGAAGUGGAAUCAGCAAAUCUGAUGUAUUCAGGGCGGCUGGGUUGGCAGGAUUUCUUUUGGAUGGCAACCUUCAGGGGCCGCUGAAAAGAACAGCUGAGGAACUAGUGAAGCAUGAUUCUGGGGGGCAAGAUUUACUCGGGAGAGUAGCAAUGGGAUUCUCUGAGCAGUUGUUCAGUAUUUACAGGAACAAAGAGGACCCAUACUUCCGUUGAAGUGACAAAGCAGUAUCCGGUAAGGUUUGAAUAUCUGGACCUUAAUGGAAGGUGCUACCAUGUUUUGUUGUGAUGUACUAUGUAGUUCAUGCUGAAAUUAGACAUAAUUGCUGAGUAGAAAGAUUAGCGGCUGCAGACUUGCUGUAACUCUGUUUCUUUACUUGCAAUGCGCUUAAAAAGGGCAUACUGAGUGGUGCCGAUUGUAUGGUACUCUUUAGUUUCCAUGAUUCCAUCUCACCCUGUUGAGAUAUUGAUGAUGAAUUGAUAAGAGUAAAUGUGGCAGUGUGUAAAGAAGUCAUGGAUAGGUUUCUUUUUUCCAUUUGAAACAGGGUCGAGAUGCUCUGUUGUUAAUAAUGCUGAUGGGAAAUGUUAUCAGGAAAAUGUGAUAUGUUCCAGUGAGACUAGCCACUGGAAAGUCUGUGUCAUAGGCCCGUGUUAACAUGUUGAUCGUUUUUGGUGCGUGUUC